GCGUCUGUUGGCGAGCCGUGUGUUGGCGAGCCGUGUGUUGGCGAGCCGUGUGUUGGCGAGCCGUCUGUUGGCGAGCCGUCUGUUGGCGAGGCGUCUGUUGAAGAUCUGCGGGGAAGACAAGAACGUUUUAUCCGCUCAGACCCCAAACUCCAAGCCGGUCUGACGUUAAUUUGUGUUCGUCUCCAGAGAGUAGACAUUCCAGUUGAACCUGAUGCUUUGAAUUUAGAGUCUAGGACUUUAACAACGCCUAAAAAGCAUAGGAGGCCACUCAAAAGAAAGCGUCUCAGAAAGUCACCGUCAAGGUCACCGUCAAGGUCACCGUCAAGGUCACCGUCAUGGUCACCGGCAGGGUCACCGUCAUGGUCACCGGCAAGGUCAAGGUUACCGUCAAGGUCACCGGCAGGGUCACCGUCAUGGUCACCGGCCAGAUCAUCAAGAUCUGACCUCAAGACCAAAAAGCAUCCAGCCACAAAUCUUUCAAAAACCAGCCCAAUUCAAGCAAAGAAAAAAUGCUUGACAAGGCUAUCAAACGGGACUCUAAAAAGAAAGAUGUACACGGAUGACAUCAGUGAAGACAACAGUGAAGAGGAGGAAGUUAAGGAACAAAAAGAGUCAAAUGACCACGAGGUCUACAGGUCUGCGGUGCAUUCCUACAUCCUAGCAGAUUAUACUGACGAUUAUACCAUUGAACAAAUUUUUUCCAUGAGGACCACUCAAAAAGAGGUCGUCCCUGGGCAUACUGAGGAAGUGAAUGAAUAUUAUGUCAAAUUUAAGUACAAGUCCUAUGUACAUUGUAAGUGGAUCCCCAUGCAGAUUUUACAGAAAGAUGAACGAAGUCAAUUAAAGCUAAGAAACUUUCACAGUCGGACAGAAGAUGAACGUCUUGAUGAUGGGUCCAUGUUCAACCAAGACUACGUGAUUGCAGACCGAGUUUUGGACGUGAGAUAUAAGUCCUCCAAUAAAAAGCGUGCGUAUGAGUACCUGGUGAAGUGGUGCUCCCUGCCCUAUGCCGACGCCACCUGGGAGCUGACUCAGGACGUGGAUAAAGACAAGGUGUCGGAGUUCAAGAGAUUGCACACCCAACCGAUGUUCCUCAAGAAUCUUCCUCGUCCCCCCCAAAAGUUCUGGGAGAAGCUGGAGGGGCCAUGGAAAGGCAGAGAUGGACUCACUCUGCGAGACUACCAGCUGGAGGGAGUCAAUUGGUUAAUUUUCAACUGGUACCACAGGCAGAACUGUAUCCUGGCAGACGAGAUGGGUCUGGGAAAGACCAUCCAGUCCAUAGCCCUUCUCUCAGAAAUGCACUCUGCAGGGGUACAAGGGCCCUUCCUGGUCAUAGUCCCUCUAUCCACCUUGGGGAACUGGGUCAGAGAGUUCUCCACUUGGACUCACUUGUACACUGUGGUUUACCAUGGCUCGAAGGCCAGCCGACAAGUCAUCGAAGAGUAUGAAAUCUUCCUCAGAAACAACGGCCAGAUCAUCCCAGGGAUGUGUAAGUUUGACGUCCUCCUGACGACCUAUGAGAUGGUGUUGUUAAUGCCCCCCGCCUUCAGACACAUAAAGUGGCGCUGUACCAUCGUUGACGAAGCCCACCGGCUCAAGGGGAAGGGCUGCAAACUGGGCACUAACCUCAGUAAUCUCACACAGGAAUUCAAGGUCUUGUUGACAGGGACACCCCUGCAAAACAGUCUGGAAGAACUCUUCAGUCUACUGAACUUCCUGGAGCCAGAGCAGUUCGACUCCGAGGAGAGCUUCAUACAGCAAUAUGGCAAUAUAGAGACAAAGGAACAGGUGCAAAAGUUGCAGUUGCUCUUGAAGCCCUUGAUGUUAAGGAGACUGAAGGAGGAUGUGGAGAAGGACCUCAAGCCCAAAGAGGAGACCAUCAUAGAGGUGGAGCUGACGGAUCUCCAAAAGAAGUACUACCGUGCUAUCCUGGAGAGAAACUGGGGCUUCCUCAAACAGAACAAAUCCGGACAACUACCCAACCUGAUCAAUAUCUUAAUGGAGCUACGCAAGUGCUGCAACCACCCCUUUCUUGUCCAAGGCGCUGAAGAAGUGAUAGUCUCCCAGCUGAGGACCACCUUAGACCCUCUUUCUCCAGACUUCUCCCUCCAGUGUCUGGUUCAGUCGGCUGGUAAAUUGGUCCUUCUGGACAAGCUGCUGCCCAAGCUGAAGCAUGGUGGGCACAAGGUGCUCAUCUUCUCACAGAUGGUCCGAAUGCUAGACAUCCUGGAGGACUAUGUCUCACACAAAGGGUACAUAUAUGAGCGUAUUGAUGGACAAGUCGCCGGAGACCGUCGCCAGGAGGCCAUUGACCGGUUCAGUAAGCCUGACUCACAGCACUUCCUGUUUCUCAUCUGCACGAGAGCAGGAGGACAGGGGAUCAACCUGACUGCUGCGGACACCUGCAUCAUCUACGACUCGGACUGGAACCCCCAGAACGACCUGCAGGCCCAGGCUCGGUGCCACCGCAUCGGUCAGACGAAGGCUGUUAUGUCCUACCGGCUGGUGACCAAGAACUCCUGUGAACAGUUGAUGUUGGACAAGGCCGGUGUGAAGCUGGGCCUGGAUCAGGCUGUCCUACAGAGCAUGAGUGGAAGCCUGAAAAAACGUGCCAGCGGGAUCCAGAACUUCACCAAGGCAGAGGUGGAGACCUUGUUGAAAAAAGGAGCGUAUGCGGCCGUGAUGGAGGACACCGGGGACGAGAAGCGAUUCUGCGAGGAGGACAUCGACCAGAUACUCCAGAGCAGAGCUACCACCAGAACUAUAGGCAGCCAGGGCCAGAAAGGGUCCACCUUCUCUAAGGCUAGUUUUGUGGCAUCACAGAGUCAAUCCAACAUCGAAAUUGAUGAUCCCAAGUUCUGGGAAAAAUGGGCUCAGAAGGCCAAAGUAGACGUGGAAACUUUGACUUGUAAUAAGACGUCCAGUCUGGUAAUAAACCAGCCCAGAAAGAGGACUCGAGUGAAGAUCUUCGGAGGAUGUAUGGACAUCAGUGACCAAGACCAGGACGGAGACCCUGACUACAUUAAUCCAGAUGUUCCCCGCCAGUCCCCCAGACAGUUUAAGGGCAGGGUUUCACCAAACGGCACUCUGACCACCAGGUUUCAAGUUCCAUUUGCAGGCCUGGAAUAUGAUCACUACGUCCAGGUGGAGAAGAUGCUCCUCCGGUUUGGUUGGGGGCGAUGGAGGGAGAUACUGAGACAGCUGUGGGAUGUGGGGAUCUGUAACAUGCCACUGAUGGAUUUGGAAGAGAUGUGCAGGGCCAUUGUGUCUGUGUGUGCGCUGACCUACCAAGGCAAAGCCACCAUCAAGGAUGCCCUCUGGAAACUCAUCGAGCCGUUUAGGGACCCGGAAGCGUACUUCAAACAUAAAGGUCUGACCUGUAAGCCGUGUAAGUUUGACGAGGAAUUUGAUACCAGCAACAUAGCAUGGCUGGCAUACUACAACCCAGAACCUUACCUGGACCAGAAGUUUUGCUAUCAGCUCAAAGAGCAACGCUCCAAAAUAAUGGUGCAACGACUACGUAUUCUGAUGGUGUUGAAACAGGACGUGAUUGGAGACCAGGCCCAGAAAGUCAUGGCUGGGGCCAAAGCCAAGCAAGUGUCUAUCCAUGUGCCGUGUGUAGUCACCAGCGCAGGACAGGCAGGUUCACUCCCGGGCUGGUGGGAUGAGGAGGCCGAUAAAUCUCUGCUUAUUGGGGCCUUCAAACAUGGGUAUGAUGAGUUCAUGUUGAUGAGAGCAGACCCCAGUCUGUGUUUUCUGGAGAAGGUGGGCCCUCCCACUAGGGGAGAAAAGAGUUCACCUUUGAAACAUGUUGUCAACCGUAAUGGAAAAGUCACACCUGUGAGGAAAAGGAUUCUCCCGGACUGGAUGCUGGUGGGAUCCGAAGGGUUGACAAGGGUUGAGGAGGUUGAGGAGGAAUGUGAUUGGCCGACAUUCAAUGACCUGUGUCAGCGGCUACACCAGUUGAUCAUAAGCAGGCGAAGGAUGCCCCGGUGUACCCCAACUAAGAACACGGAGCCCAUCAAGACCAGUACCCUGACUACAAUACCCGCUGAGUUGUCAACCAUCAGAAUGACUCCAAGCAAGACAGUGAUGGCAAGCAUGUUAAGGAUCCCAGACAAGAGCCAAACACCGACCCGGAGCCAAACCCGGGGCCUAACCCCGACCCGGAGCCAGACCCCGACCCGGAGCCAGACCCCGACCCGGAGCCAGACCCCGACCCGGAGCCAGACCCCCACCCGGAGCCAGACCCCCACCCGGAGCCAGACCCCCACCCGGAGCCAGACCCCCACCCGGAGCCUAACCCCGACCCGGAGCCAGACCCCGACCCGGAGCCAGACCCGGAGCCAAACCACUGCCAAGAGGCAAAUACCUUCCAACAAAAUACAAAAACUCAAGACAAAGAGCCUACCGGUCAUUGAGAUCCAAACCAAAAGCAUACUUAAAACACCUAUCCAGAACCAAACUACACCAAUCAAGAGUGUGAAUUUUUCUACUAAGCAUAUGGACAACAUGCCUAUGGAGAGUAGCAAACCAGAAGAGUUUGAAAAACAAUGUGAAAGUGAAGACGAAACGUCUACUGAAAGAAACAAGCCUUUGGAGUGAACCUGCCCAGGCGCUUUGCGAGAGAGAGGCCCCUCUGCCUUGUGAGGGAGAGGCCCCGCAAAUUGAGAGAGGACCCUCUGCCUUGUGAGGGAGAGGCCCCGCAAAUUGAGAGAGGCCCCUCUGCCUUGUGAGGGAGAGGCCCCGCAAAUUGAGAGAGGACCCUCUGCCUUGUGAGGGAGAGGCCCCGCAAAUUGAGAGAGGACCCUCUGCCUUGUGAGGGAGAGGCCCCGCAAAUUGAGAGAGGCCCCUCUGCCUUGUGAGGGAGAGGCCCCGCAAAUUGAGAGAGGACCCUCUGCCUUGUGAGGGAGAGGCCCGCAAAUUGAGAGAGGCCCCUCUGCCUUGUGAGGGAGAGGCCCCGCAAAUUGAGAGAGGACCCUCUGCCUUGUGAGGGAGAGGACCCGCAGACUGUAAAUGGAGAGAUUUUAUUUCCCUAAUGUAAAUGACUACCUCCCAUACAGAGCAAAAUGCCUAAUGACACCAAUUGAGAUUUAUCUAUUGAGAGAGAAAGGCCUGCAGAGACUAACAUGCAUGCAGAAACAAAAACACCUAUUGAGUGAUGAAAGGCCUACUCAGGAAGGUCUAGAGACCACACUGAACCUUCAUAACUCAUGGUGUUUUAAUUUGCAGAAAAAAAAUUAUUUCCUCUUUGAAACACUGUUAUAUUUCUUUACAAACUUGAAAAAACUGUAUUUGAUACUUUUAUACCAAAAUGAUGUAUGUUGUUAGGUCACAUCCAUACCUCUGGAAAAUACUCUACUAUAAUUGGUUUCCGUUUAUAUUUGCCUAAUAAACAUCCAGUAUUGCACUCUAAACUUCAAGUCACUGCUAAAACACAGUUUCCAGUACUUCGACUGUAAAAAGAGAAAACUGUUUCUUUAUUUUGGAUGUAUAUCUGUAAGCAACUGUGUGAACUGUCCCUUUGGUUCUACCUCUCACAACAACAUAAAGAGUUCGUUAAAGUCUAUAUAGUUGAUUAUACUGUUUGAUUAUACUCUUUCUGAAAACAAUUUUAUAAUAAGAUUAGACACAGAAUAUAUCAUCUCCAAAGGCUACCUCUUUAGUUUCAAGGUUUAUUGUCAAAUGCACCGAACAACACAGCGUCAUCCUGCACAAUGGAAUUCUUCUGACAUGGCACCCAACAACUACGUAGUGAGAGCUAAGAAGAAUAUAUAUAAGCAAACUAUAGCCAGACUAAAAGAAUAAUAAUAAAAUAAAGCAAAAUACAUAACACUGUACACUAGCAGCAGUUGAAAGAAAAGAGUACUGUAAACUAGCAGCAAUCUGGGUAGAAUUACUGAACAUUAUAGAUUUGGCAGUAAUAUACACAACAGUGUAAACUAGCAUACAUUUGUAAA